AUGAUCCAAAGUGACUCGGAACCAGGAGACACUGGGGCCAUCAUCCCUGCGAGCGACAAUGAUGAUGAUGGUGAAAUCUUACUAGCAACGAGUUCUGAAGAAGAUGGCUGUGUGGAACCGCCAGUCAAGAAACGGGCCUAUUCAAAAGGUCGUACUGAAGGUGACAAAUUGCAUUUUCUUCAACAGCCUGUGUGCAGGUUUGCUCACAUGAGACUGUAUUCAAUCGGAUCUUCAGCUCUGCAGAACAUGCGGAGAGGGGACCCGGCUUUCACCAUGCACUCAGGGCGGCUCCAAGAGCCCAAGCAUCCAUCCCUAGGAGUGUCGAUGGUAAGGUCGUCAGUGAACCAGAGGUGGCCCUCCAUCAUGUCGUUCUUUUGGCUGCUUUGGAUCAGCUGUGCUGAAGUCCUACCGGUUAAAUUCACCAUGCCGGGUAAUCGUGAUGGAGGUUUCUAUGAGUCCACGAUGUCGGCUGACCCGGAAUUCCAGGAACGCUAUGUACAGAAUUUCUUGGGUUGUCUCGAGCGGAACUAUGACGUGAACCCUGUGAACCAUGGUGGACCGGGUACUUUUGCAGGACCAAGACGCUACUUGGAAUGGCAAAAGCCAAUGGAUCUGUUUAUUCAAUACCAAGCCUACUGCGAAGCUGCUGGUUUAGCUACUGCUGCAUUCACUACCUUCCGGAGGGUGAUGAAGUCAAUUUUUGCUUCUCAUCUUCGUUUCAGGGACAAAGGGGACUUUGGUCAAUGUGAUGUUUGCCACAAACUACGAAAACGCAUCAGAAGUGCCACAACCAAGCAGUUGAAGGCUAUCAACAUUCGAUUGUAUAGCCAACAUUUGCUACAGCAAUGGUCCGAUAGACAAUUCUACUGGAACCACAGAACCUUGAGUCGCAACUACUUUUCGCAAGGACUGCACUUUAGCAAGAGAUUUGCAGGUUCUGACUUGGCAUCAUCAGUGAUCACAGUGAUCCAGGAUGGAAUGGAUCAAGCAAAACUGAGGAUUCCUAAGUGGGGCUAUGCGAAGCUGAGCAAGGCAGCCACCAAGUUGUACAGGCCAGCAACACAUUUGCUGGCCUCGUGGUUGCAUGGUUUUCGGCUCUUCCUCUACUUGAGCGAUGAGGACUUGAAAAAGAAUUCCGAGACACAACUUGAGACCCUGUUUUGUGCUCGCAAAGACUUGGGGGCUGAUGUUUUGGACAAUGUACAUCAUUUGGAAGAGUACGGGCCUCGCUGGACACCUCAUGAUGAAGAUGUUUUCCUGGUCACAAAGCGCUGGCUGUCGGACAGCGAGAUUCAGCGCGCGAUGGUGGUGGUGCCAGCUUCAGAGCCGGAAGAGGACCACGCCAUGCUCUAUGCCUCAGAUGAUGAUGCUGCGCAGCAUGAUUUUGUUCCGCAUGGGCGUUUGCCUCCCAUUCAAGGGGAACCCUCUGUAGAAGCCUUCGUGAACGACUUCGUGCACAACCCGGCGUUCUCUCAGCUUCGGGGAAAGCUAGUGCAGCUACGUUUCAUGGCUGAGAUUGACAAGGGCAAGCAACGAUACUUGUCGAAGAAUUUUCCUGGCGUCCCCAUUUUUGAAGAUGUGUGGGAGAUGAGGAAAACCCAUGCUCGUACAUCUGCUGGCAGUGUCACCGACCCUGAGUGUUCCUCUGGCAGGGGGUACAUUGGGAUGGAGGAGUAUGUGAAACAUCACAGGUACGAGAUCAUCAAGGCUCGCCUGGAGGGCCUUGGGUACCAUGUGGUUGGAGGGCUGUUUAACACAGCUGACUAUGGUUUGCCGCAGCAAAGGAACCGCGCCUGGUUGCUUUGCCAUUUGCGCUCUGAAGUGCAAAGCACACCAGCGCAGAUUACCUCGGAUGUGUGGGCUUUUCGGCGAUGUUAUGUGAAUCUCCGUUCUUGUGUGGACUUGGCCCGGGGGCAUGUUGAAACCAAAGCCAAGAAGAAGGACACCAAAGACUGCGACCCCAAGUGGGCAGCUGGUUUCGCAGAACAAUGUGAUAUCUUUGGGAAGGCAAAGCUUCAGAAAUUGGUCAGGGACCUGAAGCCUCGGGCCAAAGGGUGCAGCGACAGGGAGGUUAGAAUUCUAGCUGUGGCUGUUGAGAAUCUCCGGGCGAAUCAUGGCUUUGAUGCUUUGGGCCAAUUGGCCAUCAUCCAGGACCAGAACUUCACCCGGGCGACUUUUCCCAAGUCGGACUUCUACACAACCUGUUGCGUCAUCCCUGGUGGCAAAUACGUGGAGAUGGCGCGCCUGCAGGGUGUUGGUGCGCCCGAGUGGACCAAGUAUGCGAUGGGAGAUGAAUCCGAGCAUGCCAUGAAGAACUUCAUUGGAAAUGCGUUUCUUCGUCGUGUUUUCAGUUCAGCGUCCCAGUGCACCUUGCAGCAUUGGUCUCGAUCUUGUGCAACUGGAAGCCACAUCCUUGAGAAGUUGGGCAUGGAGAGGCUCCAAUUGAGAGAUUGGAUCACUUUGGUCCACCAGGGUCGUCAUGGCUUUCCUGAGAAGCGGAAGUUUCCAUUGGCAGAUGGCGGUUCCUUUUUGGACGUUGUCCAACGAUGUUUUGGUGACGAGGAUGUCAUGAUUGAAGACUCUCUAGAGUUGGUGAAGAAACUGGGUAUCAUGGAUAGCUCCAGCACUGUAGAGGACUUCAGCAACAAGUAUCUCACCAUGCAGGAGUGGGACUGGCCACCGACGCCCGGCUCCUUUUUAAAGACCUCGAUUUUGCAGUGGAGCUUCACCGGGACAAGCUUCUGGCGGAUUCCAGACAUGAACACCGUCAUGGACAUUGCCAAGAGCAUCGCCUUGGUGGGCUGGAGAGAUGAAUCGCGGAUGGAUGGACUUUGGGGCGAGAUCAUCGGCAUGCGCAUUGUACCUGGGGGCGCCGAGCACAAGAUGCAGUAUGUCCAGGGCGCGCUUUACUUUGAUGAUGGUGGCAUGAGGGGGUUAGCUUGCGCUUUGGUGUGGUGCGCUUUGAUCCAUCAUGGUUCAACUCUGAAGGAUGAGGAUUUCAUCAACCCUUCAGUGGCUGAGUUGGCCCGAAGCCUCCUUGCAAUUCCCACCUUCUACAAGAACCAGUCCCAAGACGAAGGCAUUGAGAUGAUUCGCAGGAUCAUCAAGCAGAAUGUGGAUGCCAAGAAGCAGGCUGUCUCCUCCUACGAGUGGAGUAUGAUCUUGAAAAACCUGGGGGCUCUCAACAACACCCUCAGCAAGGACCUGACGGUCCAAGAUGCGAUGGACUUGUACAACGCCAAUCCAGAGGUUGCAGCGCAUGGCGGCACUGGAAAGGAGAAGACUGGAAGUGGAAGUUUGGUGUUGGAUGGCAAGAAACAAUAUGCCAUCAAGCACUGGUUUGAGCUGACAUCCAAGGAGGCGCACGAGCAGGUUGGAAUAUCUCUCCGUGAUUCCGCUUUCCAAUAUGGACCUUUCGGGGAGCAGCUUAGCAUGUACAAGUUUCUCUUUCUGGAGUCAACCCAGAACCUGACUGCUAUGACCAUAUGUGACAUGCAACCGGUGUCGAAUGAGCCGACCAUCACCAUCAAUUGGCAGCUACCACUGGAUGGCCCCACCCAGGGACUCCUAUUCAAGAGAAUCAGGAUUGCCUUUGAGAGAGCGACUGCAAUCAUUGAUCAACCCAGUGACCGGAAACGAUACCGAAUGUCUGAAGAGGAUUUGCUGAAUCUCAGAAACCUCAUCUGUGUUUGGCAGCAAAUCAAAUCAUUCUGCAGUACCAGGGUGAAGCAUUUUGAUGAACUCGAGGCUGCCAUCAGCAAUGGCAAUGGUCGGGAUCAUGAGCUCCAAGCUGUGUUGGACGCUCGACCACAGCAAUUUGCUGUCAGCAUGUUGUCCUCGGCUGCAAAGGAAGCUCAGGAAGCCCAGGAAACUUCGGUUUGCAUGGAGGUGGAGAAAGAGAGGGUCGCUGUGCGGGACGCUCGCUGGGUCUACUUCCAGCAAGCUCUUCGCCGAGACCAAGAGAAGCUGCGCUUGGCCAAAGAUGCACCAUCCAAGUUGGAGUCCCUGAAACAUAGAAAACAAAUUCUUUGGCGUUUGGAACAGGCGAAGGUGGGUGAGAAGGUCAUCAAAAGCUAUCGGGACAAGUACCUACGCACUGACUUGGUGAGCAAGCCAGAGCUCGCUCAGCAGAAGGUCAACGAGUACCGCUCCUUUGUUGCACAAUGCGCUGGGGUCAAAGCUGACCAGGAGCUCUACUGCAUUGUGGUGGUGGAUCUGAAUGUGCCCGGUGCAAAGAGCAGCGAAACUCUCCAAGAUCUUUGCUCAACUCUGCAGUUUGCGAAUGAUCUCGCGCCGAGCAGAAGUUGCGCGUUGCUUGAGCUUCCUGAGAUCCCCAAGAAAACCUCGAAGCGAGGACUCGCGGACGAGGAGAAUGAGAUCCAGAGUUGCCUUUGGUCUUUGAGGCAGUCAUGCGAUGCCAGGUGGAUAUGUCCCUUUUCUAUCCAUCCUGCGGCUGACGCGCAGACCAACCGCAGGCGCUUCAACUCUGGCCGAUUGGUGUGCAACAUCGACAGCUCUUCGGAGAACAUCUUUCUGACAGCCUCUGAACUUGGCACUUGUGGACGCCCUUUGCAGGCUGAGACUGACCUCACCUUGCCACUCAGCAAAGAGAUGAUUCUUCCGGAGAGCUUGGAAGCGGAUUCAGACCUCAAACAAGCAGAGCGCCAACGGCCAAGCAACGAGGCUUGCCAAGCCCAGAAGGGCACUAAGAGAUGGUGCGCUUUGCUAUCUUCGCUUCUGACAAUGUCGGGGGACAUCAUGAAGAACAAGCCAUGCAUUGUUCUGAAUCUGACUGGCUACAUCGAAGAUGUUGGCUGUGCUGUUUUCGAGAUGCGAUUGGCCAAUCAAGAGUUCAAGGGUGGCUUCCGCACUGAGAACCUCUACUACCAGUCAGUGCAAUGGAUCAUGAAAGAUGAAUUCGGCCAUGCCAGGCUGACGCGUGAGAUCACCGACGCUUGGACAGCCAGGCGAUUCGAGCAUGGGGGCCACCGCUUCAAUGUGGAGGCUCCGGAGCUUUCUCAAGAGGAGAUCGAUAGCAUCCCCGGAGCCCGGGCUUCUUUGGGCAAUCUGGAUUCUUUCAAGUUUGAGAUUCUGGAGAGAAUUGGUGAUCGCAUGAUGAUCAAGGGGGACGAACAUAAGUUCUGGAGCUCCCAGACUGGUAACAUCUUGACUGAGUAUGAGACCCUUCGACAGGAGCACGUGGCUCUGGUUGGGCAGUCUUCCACGGCCGUUGUGGCAUCGGCUACAACCGCUGAAGAAGCUGACAAUGCUUCCACUGAUGGUCCCACCGAUAGUCCAGCCGCUUUGGAACUGGAUUCCUGCGCCGCCCUUGAAUCCCAGCACGGCAUCGAACUUCGCUGUGCCAGUGAGUGUGCUCAAGUUGAACUUGUCUUGGCCAAGGACAAGUCUGUGUGGUUGCUGCCCAGUCAAAACAAAACCAUUGCCAAACACUGCGUGAUUGGGGGAUUCGGAACUGGCCAAUGGCUUCCAGAGGCAGAAUGUUCAGAACCUGGUAUUCCCUUUGCUUGCCCCCAUGGUGACCGAACCCUUUUUCAGCUUGAUGAGGCUUCUUUCGCAGCAGAGGCGCAGGGCUUCCAGACCAUGACCCUCUACAAGUUGCUGCUGCGUGCUGAACGGGAGAAGAACCUUACCGAACAUCGGCUGUCGUUCAUGGAUAUCAAGAGGAAGCCAACCGUUGAGGCUGGGGAGGAUGGCUUUGAGGUGACUAUCAAGGCCGCGAUGACUUUUCGGUGCUUGAGAGAUCCCCGAUCCUUUGCUGAAGACAAAACAGAAAGGAUCACGGCCAAGAAUUUUUUUGCCAAGUGUGUGGGGCCCACAUUGCCCAAAGAGAUGGCUCAACCAGUUUGCCGAUACAGAUUUGAACGUGUCGGGCAAAACUUCAAGGUGCAGCGUCCCUACAUGAUCACAACGCGUGGACUGACCCUGCACAAGGAUAAGCCUCUGAAGUUGACUUAG